GUUGCCAACAAAACGCUAUUUCACGGUGAAACGAUAAAUGCACAUAUGGCUAUUAUAAAUUAUUAUUUCUUUUCUAUCUUUCUUUAUAUUAUUUUCCUAAACCUUGAUUUCCAGUAGUUUUAUUAAUUUCUUUAAAAAAAAGUUGUAUGCCCAUUCUAGAAAUUUUCCAUCUUUUUCCUUAAUGUUAUGACCGAUUUCUCCAGCUAUCGGUGCAUAGUGUUUCUGCUGUUGGUAUCAAAACAAUUGAACAUCAUUUACAAAAAAGUGAAAAGAUGCGUCGUUCGUACUCACGGUCCCCGUCCCGGUCUAGAAAAUCUGAUCGUCACUCAAAGCAAUCCAGGCGACGAUCUCGAUCUAAGUCAAGAGAUUAUGAUAAAUACCGUAGGAAAGGUGAUGAUAAAAAUCGUCGUCAAGAUCGCUCCAAAAGCCGGUCUGUAGCGUCCUCAACUACGUACCCGCGAGAAAAAAAAUCUUCAUAUCGCAACAGAUCCAGAGAUAGAAGCUACACGACCAGCACACGCAAGCGAUCCUCUUCUCGGGAUCGAUAUCACGAUCGAAAGUCACGUGAACGGACAAGAUAUCGUCGAUCAUCCAGCAGUUCCAGCAGCUCAUCAUCCACGAGCACUUCCAGCAGCAAUCGCAGUGGAAGCUCCUCGAAAUCAUCAAAAAGCUCGCGUAAUCCUUCGCCGCCCACAACCAGGAAGGAAAGUAGUGAGAAAACGUUCGUUUUUAAAUCGAUGUCCGAUACGUGCGAUGAUCCUACAAGCAAAGCCACGAAAUUAGAAGAGCUGAAUGCCAACGAGUUUGUUCCACAAACGUUCAUAUCAAGCAGAAAGCCGGCAACAGCAGCGCCUACUACGAGCAGUAUAGUAAUAGACCUGGCAUCGCAAACGAUUAAAGUGCCCACAAAAGAAACCACUACACCGGAUGAAGAUCCGUUGUUUCACAGUAUGUUUUUCUCGGUCGACGACAGUGAACGAAUGACUCGAUGGGUUAAAAAGCUUCAUCUCUUGCGGCAAUCAAUACCAUAAAUGGGAUAGAAGAGUGUCACAGUCUUAAUUACCUAAUGAAUGUGUUUUAUUUCCUAAUCAAA